AUGGCCGAAACAACUUCUCCCCCAGAAAAAGAUUCAACAGUUUCAUUACUUCUGCUGGGAGAUGCAGGGUGCGGAAAGUCAACAUUUCUAGCUCGACUCAAGAAUGGGAGACAGUCUCCAUCAGGGCAACCUCAAAUUGGCCCAAACAGUCUCGAAGUAUUGCGAGAUAGUGAUCAGCCCUUCAUUUACGACAUCCGAUUCUCGAAGAAAACAUUUACAUUAGAACUUUACGAUACAUCUAAUCCAAACCAGCAUUGGUCUACUCUCCGGCCUGAUCUGGCUGUUAUCGCCUUUGAUAUCUCCAACCGAGAUACGCUCGCAGGUCUAAGAGACUGGCGAAACGACAUCACUCGGUACUUUCAGUAUGGCCACGGCGAGCGACUGCCGGUCAUGAUGCUGGGUCUGAAAAGGGACUUACGAAGAGAAGGCGACGGCAUUAUCUACCCGCAGGAGGGUUAUCGUAUUGCCCAGGAGCUUCGGUGUGAUAGGUAUGCUGAAUGUUCGGCUGUUACGGGCGAGCUGCUUGCAGAGACAUUCGAAGACCUCGCUAGAUUGGCAGCGAUGACAGCGACUGAGAAGGGUGGCCAGUCGGAGGGGGCCUCCUGUGUUAUUCUUUGA